AUGUACGCUCUUCUAUUACUUAUUGCCCUUAUUCAUAUUGCAUCCUGCAGAGUUGCAAAGGAGGAGAGAACCUUUGUCUCGAGUGUGGUGGACAAGUUCAUCUCGGAAAUAAAGCCAAACUUCAAGGAUAAGGAACUCGCAGACCUUUUUGAAUCGUGCUAUCCCAAUACCUUGGAUACCACUGUCUAUUCAUUUACGGAAAGUGACUGCGGAGAUGAGGAUACCUUCCUUAUUACUGGUGAUAUCACUGCCAUGUGGCUCCGAGAUAGCACAAAUCAGAUCGUUCCUUAUUUGAGAUUUGCCCGUCAGGAUCCGAAGCUGCGCGCACUGAUUCGUGGCGUUUUGAAUCGUCAAGUGAAAUCCGUCUUGAUUGACCCUUACGCCAACGCUUUCAACUUUGACAAGACAGGCCAUCCGGAUUCCCACACAGACGACAGCACAAAGCGCCCCGCUGCUCUCGGAACGAGACAGAACGCCAUGAACUCCUACAUCUUCGAGCGAAAGUUCGAGAUCGACUCCCUCGCAGCCGUUCUGGCGCUCUCCCACCAAUACUACAAUGCCACUGGCGAUGCGACUCCGUUCAACGCUCGUUGGGCGAAGGCCGUGAAACUGAUGAUCCAAACAGCUAGAAACAACCAAAUAGCGAGCGGUCCCUACACUUCCUACGAGUACUCGUUCACUCGCAUGUGCAAUCGCCCGACCGAAACGCUCAUGGACGGAGAGGGCUGGCCGUCCCGUUACACGGGACUUAUUCGAAGUGCAUUCCGUCCAUCGGAUGAUGCCACGAAGCUCCCGUUCUUCAUCCCCGGAAACAUCAUGUUCCUUGUCAAUCUUCGCCACUGCGCGAAGAUCUUGCGGGACGUCGUGGGGGACGCCGUAUUGGCGGCGGAAGCGAUGAAAUUGGCGCAGGAAAUCGACGACGCAGUGCAGAAUUUCGCGGUGCUGAACCAUCCAUUCAAGGGAAAAGUGCUGGCGUACGAGGUGGACGGGUUCGGAAGCGCGUAUUUCAUGGACGAUGCGAACAUUCCUUCGCUGCUGUCGCUUCCUUAUUUGGGCUAUUUGGACAAGAACGAUCCGCUCUACCGCAGCACGAGAGAGCUGAUUCUGAGUCCGUUCAAUCCGUAUUUCUUUAAGGGAGCUGCGGGAGAGGGAAUUGGAGGACCGCAUGUGGGACCGGGGUACAUCUGGCCGAUGUCGAUUAUCAUGCGCGCAUACACUUCGGAUGAUGCUAAUGAAAUUAUGGAGUGUUUGCGCGUGUUGAAGGCAAGUGCCACGAAUGGGUACAUGCAUGAGAGCUUCUCGCAGGAUAAUGUGAAUGGAUACACGAGACCGUGGUUCGCUUGGGCGAAUAGUCUGUUCGGAGAUAUGCUUAUCGAUUUGAUGGAUCGCCAUCCUGAACUGAUUCUGCAUUAUUGA